AUGCUCCUCGACAGCAUUGCCAUGCGCACAGAAGUAAUUGCACUGCUGACCAACGGAUGCAAUAUUUUCAUACAGUUCAUUGUAUUCGGUCUGAUUCUCAUGAUAGAGAAGAUGCAGCUGGACCAGAACGCAUACAUAGAAAUAUCCAUCACGAUGCUGUUCGGCCACGUAUUCUUCAUAGACGGUGUUCUGUCUAAGAACAUAUACCAGGUAUGGUCGUACUCCAUCUUUCUAGUCUAUCUGUGCAUCAUGAUAAUACUGCGCGGCUUUAGUGAUGUCAGCACGAUUUUCUUCAUAUUUUUGGUAGUGUUGUGGUACGUUCUGCUCGUGACCAAUAUCAUUGUGAACUUGAUAUUCUUUCGCUUUCUGUUCUACGAGUUUGCAUGGUCCUCGUAUGCGCUGCUGGGCGCAAAUACGCGGAUAAACGGUAAGUGUUCCUUUCUAAUUCAGCCGCAUACAAACUGA